AUGGAGCAGAGAGCGAAAUGUGUAGCAUUGGUGGGCGCAGGGGUUGUUCUCGGCUCUAUGUCCACAUUCUUCCUCCUCGAGCUUCUUUCCAGGCAAGUUCUUGACAGAGUGAAGAAUAUUGGAUUAAAUGGUGGUGCGAUUCGACAGGAGGUUUCAGUGGCAUGCUCAACUUCAGAUAGAAAUGACGGGAUUAGAGGUUCAGACCUUCUAAAGGAUGAAAUAGUUUCUGAACAACUAACCAGGAACAUUCAAUUCUUUGGUUUUGAGUCCCAAACCAAGGUGACUGCCUCCUACGUCGUUGUCAUUGGUCUAGGAGGCGUUGGAAGUCAUGCAGCAUCAAUGCUGUUGAGGUCAGGUGUUGGAAGACUCCUCUUAGUAGACUUUGACCAGGUAUCUGUUUCUUCCUUAAAUCGACAUGCCGUUGCGACGAGAGCAGAUGUUGGCAUUCCGAAAGCUGAGUGCCUGAAAAAGCAUUUUUCGUCAAUCUUCCCCGAGUGUUCUAUUGAAGCGAAAGUUCUUCUGUAUGAUAACUUAUCUGAAGAAGAGAUUCUCUCAGGCCAUCCGGAUUUUGUGCUGGACUGCAUUGACAACAUUGACACGAAGGUAGCGCUUCUAGCUGCAUGUGUUAGAAGGGGAUUAAAGGUUCUAUCUGCAACAGGUGCAGGUGCCAGAGCUGACCCAUCCAGAAUAAGAGUGGCUGAUUUAAGAGAGUCAACCAAUGAUCCAUUAUCUAGAUCUGUAAGACAUCGUCUGAGGAAGCAUCAUGGUAUAGAGGGGGGAAUACCUGUUGUCUUCUCUCUGGAAAAGCCAAAAGCCAAACUGCUUCCAUUCAAGGGACCAAGUGGAGAAGAAGAGAAUCCUUCUGAUUAUCAAAUAGUUCCUGGAUUCAGGGUGCGGAUCAUUCCUGUUUUGGGCACUAUCCCUGCAAUCUUUGGCCAAGUGAUGGCUUCCUAUGUCGUGACAAAACUAGCAGGGUUUCAAGUGGAAAUGGAACCUGUUGUUAAUUUGGAUACGGAGCACUAUCAAAUGCUUCAUCAGCGCCUUAUUGAACAUGAGGAGUCCCUGUAUGGCACAGCCAUGCAGGUUCAGGUGGAUGUGGAGGAAGUGAAGUACAUUGUGAAAGAACUCUGGCAUGGUCGAAGUGCCAGAGAACCAUACACCAAAGAUGUUGGACGAGGGAUGUGGCGAGCUGUUAAUGAAUUAAUGCUUGUAAGAUGGGACUCAGAGAAGCCAGCGUCAGUAUCAAAUCUAAUUCUUCUAAAAUUUAUGGAGGCUGAUGAACACGAAUCAAGAACAUUGGAUGAUAUAAAGGAGAAAGAACCAGAGUUUUUCCAGACUGUGGCGGCUGUCUUGAAGCGAGCACAGCUCGAGUUUGGCUCCUGAAUGACUUCUUAGUUAUGCCUAAGCACAUUGUGGCUUUGUAGCAAUCACAGGUCUCUUCUUUCUCUGAGCUACAGAUGUUUGUACAAUACCUGAUUCUCAAAGGGACCAAAAAGAGGCCAGGAAGGCCUGCCGAGACUCCUUCCUUUUGAGUUUAGCAAUUAGCAAGAAAAUUAGCAUGGUUGGUAAUGUAAAAUUAAAGUGAAAUUAUGUAUUGAACCAGUCAGUAUGGUACAACAAGGUAUCAAUGAAUAUUAGUUGUGGCAAAUUCAUGGUCUUGUAUGUCAGUCUUCCAUCGCAUUGAACG